GCUCAACCUGGAGAGAAAAAAAAAAGGCUACAAGGCAAAAUGAGCGGGAAAAUGUGUAAAAUAUACGGUGUAAAAAAAAGGAAACACGAUACGGUACGGUAUGGUACGCCACGCCACGCCAUCGCAAUGCAGUUCAACACACCCGUUGCGCCUGAGUUGUACGCCGCGCAGUGGCAGGCCGUGCGCACACGAUGACCAGGGGGGGCAUUUCUGGCGCUAGACUUGAGCCACUCCGUUUCUUCACCCCAGCUUCGCUUCGUUUUACUUCGCUCUGCUUCGUUCUGCUCUGCUUCGUUUUACUUCGCUAUGCUUCGUUCUGCUUCGCCAUGCUCCGCUUCUCUCCAUGGCUCGCAUACACGUCUUGAACGUGGCGGAGAAGCCAUCGGUCGCGUCGGCAAUCGCGGAUAUUCUGAGCAGGGGGAAAAUGGAGAAGAAAAAAAGUUGCAGCAAAUACAACCCAUUGUUCACCUUCAACUACAAGAGGGGGCACGAGACGUGGUCCAUGUACGUGACCUCCGUGACUGGUCAUUUGACGGAGCAGAAGUUUGAUGACAAGUACCGAAACUGGGUUAACACAGACCCCCAGGAGUUGUUCGACGCAGAAAUUACCAUCUACGUAGAAAAUGAUAAGAAGAAAAUAGAAAAUAAUUUAAAAAACUACUCCAAGUUUUGCAGCUUGCUAAUUUUAUGGCUAGACUGCGAUAGGGAAGGAGAGCACAUCUGCUUUGAAGUUAUAAACACCUGUUUCGCGAUGAACAGAGAGAUAAAAAUUAAGCGGGCCCAGUUCUCUGCUGUGACUCAGAAGGACAUCAUUCAUGCCAUUAACAAUUUGAAGUACCCCAAUCGAAAUUUAGCUUACAGUGUAGAUGUACGUAGAGAAAUUGACCUACGAAUGGGUUCUAUUUUUACGCGGUUCCUCACCAUUAGGUACGUCCAUUUGAUUAAGACAGAGACGAGCAUUAUUAGUUAUGGCCCCUGCCAGUUUCCCACCCUGGGAUUUGUGGUGAACAGAUACAUGGACAUAAAGAACUUCGUCAAUGAGUACUACUGGUCUAUUAAGAUGCAGUACUGGUGCGAGGGGGGAGGCCACUCGGGUGAUGAGUCGGAAGGGGGGGCCUCCCUGGGGAGAAAGAAAAGAAAAAGGAAUGGAAAAAAUAGUGCAGUGAUGAAGAAUGGAAAAAAAAGCGAAACGAUGAAGAAAAUGGCCGGCGCGAGUCAAAACACCGUCGUCGAUUUCACGUGGUCCAGGUUGCGGCUGUAUGAUCACCUCGCCGUGGUGCUCAUUUACGAAGAGCUGCUAAAAAACCCGCUUUGCAGAAUAACCAAUAUAUAUGAGAACCAAGUGAAGAAGUACCGCCCCCUCCCGCUGAACACUCUGCAAAUGACCAAGUUGGUGUCCAGGCACUUCCAUAUAUCCUCCAAGCAGUGCAUGAACAUCGCGGAGAAGCUGUACAAUAGAGGGUUCAUUAGCUACCCCAGAACAGAAACGAAUUACUUCCCAAGCAGCAUGAAUUUACGAAGCAUUGUGGCGGAGCUGAAGAAAAGUAAAGUCUUCGGGUCUUAUGCCAAGAAAUUAUGCGAAGGGAACAAUUUUAGGGAACCCAGAAAAGGGAGGCUAAAUGAUCAGGCACACCCACCUAUACACCCCGUUAAGAACAUGCACAGGACAGACAAGGUAGAAGAGAGAGAAUGGGCCAUUUAUGAGUUAAUUUGUAGACACUUCUUAGCUGUAUGUAGUGAUGAUGCAAUUGGGUUUAACAGCAAAGUGGUGGCCACCAUUGGAAAGGAGGAAUUCUUCUGUAAGGGGUUAAAAAUUGUAAAAAAAAAUUACCUAGAAAUUUAUAUAUACGAAAAAUGGAAUGAUAAAAUUCUUCCUCCUUUUCAAGUGAACCAAGAGUUUUACCCCUACAGCUUGUUAGUAGACGAAGGAAUGACGCAGCCCCCCAAGUACCUCUCCGAAUGUGACUUACUCUCCCUCAUGGAUAAGUAUGGCAUAGGGACUGAUGCGACUAUGCAUGAACAUAUAGAAAAUAUCCAGAAAAGAAAUUACGUUUUUAAGAAUAAGAAAAAUCUGUUCAUUCCGACCAACUUGGGGAUCGCUCUGGUCUUGUCUUACAAGAAAUUUAAGGACAUCGGGGUUGACUUGACGGAGCCCUCCCUUCGCGCAAAGAUGGAAAAGGACAUGACGCUCGUUGCCUCUGGCACCAAGGAGAAGGACGAAACGAUACGCAACUACAUAGACAUUAUGAAGUAUAUUUACCAGGAGAUAUACAACCGGAUAGACCUCCUCGACGAGCAGAUUAAGCACUACUUGAAUAGCGCCGAGGGGGCGGGGCUCUGCUGA